GCACCAACAUAUUUUCAUUCCAUAUGGCCUCACAGGCAAGAUAACAAUUCCACCCUCAUCCAAUAUUUGUAAUCAUGCCUUAGGCUUUGGACGUACUAUAUCAGUCGUCCUCACUAGAAAAAUCGACGCUUCAAGUUCAGAUUGCACUUCUGUUAAAGAUGCAGAAACUGUUGGUAAUAAAGAUACAUGGAAAAAAUGGAUAUGGAUCUCGGCAACUGUGAAUCUCACAUUUUCAAGGUUGAUCGGAUACUUUUCCGAGGGUAGUAUAUAUGAUAGUAAUUUAACUAUAGACUAG